GGCUGCCAGGCCCUAGACCCUCCCCCUCCCUCAACCCAUUUGGCCCGACUCACCGACCUUGCAGCAGCGUUACGAGGACAACACAAUCAAUAGUAGCAGCGUAGUCGCGGUCGUGGUCGCACUCCGGGCUAGUGUCGGGAAAGAGUGAGAGCCGCCACACACAAACUCUCCCCCUUAGUAGAAUCUGGCCCCCUAUUUUCGCUCGCUCUCAUAUAUUGUGCAUUGAACAAACUGCUAUUUCUUUCUUCCCCCUGCUUUUGGCGGUCAAGUUCGUCAAAACAUCAAACUGUCUUCCUCCUCCACCCUCAGCCAUCCUCAGUGCUUCAGUAUCACUCGCCAUCAUCAUCAUCUGAUAUAGACUUGUCCGUCAUUCACUUGUCGGAUAUCUCGUCUCGCUCGCUCGCUCGCUCGCUCUCACCCCGUCCAAUUCGUGUCUCACCGCCUGCUUACCCGGCCAGAAACUCGCCAACAACAACAUGAGCGGCAAAUCCCAGAUCCGCCUCGACGGCAAGGUUGCCCUGAUCACCGGCGCCGGCCGUGGUCUUGGUUCGGGUCUUGCCAAAACCCUGGCUGAGCGUGGUGCUGCUGUCUGCAUCAACUAUGCCAGCUCGGCCAAGCCCGCUCUGGCCACCGUGGCCGAGAUUGAGAAGGCCGGCGGCAAGGCUGUUGCCAUCCAGGCCAACAUCUCCAAAGUCCCCGAGAUCACCAAGCUCUUUGAGGAGGCCAUCAAGCACUUUGGCAAGCUCGACAUUGUCAUCAACAACGCCGGCAUGGAGGCCUUCUCCAAGCCCGAGGACGUCACCGAGGAGCUGUACGACCAAGUGUUCGGCCUCAACACUCGUGCUCAGUUCUUCGUCGGCCAACAUGCUCUGAAGUACCUUAGCGACGGAGGCCGCAUCAUCUUCAUGUCGUCCAUUGCUGCACGUCUGGGUGUCCCCAACCACGCACUGUAUGCUGGAUCCAAAUCCGCCGUCGAGGGCUUUGCUCGCUCCUUCGCCGCCGACGGUGGUCCACGACGCAUCACCGCCAACGCCAUCGCCCCCGGCGGUAUCAAGACCGACAUGUUCGCCCAGAAUGCCUGGCAUUAUUCCCCCGGUGCCACCAAGGAAACCCCCAUCGAGGUGAUCGAGGCUGGCAUCGCCAAACUCAUUCCUCUGGGCCGAUGCGCCGUUCCGGACGACAUUGCCAAGGUUGUCAUGUUCCUGUGCCACCCCGACAGCGAAUGGAUCAACGGCCAAAUCAUCACUCUCACCGGUGGUAGCGGCAUUGCCUAAACGGCUCUCCUGCUGGUCACCUUCUUUCCAUCAUGAGCUUUUUUUUUUGGUAUUCGCUGAGAAUAUUUUGGCUUCCCAGAGCGUGCUUUUUCAGCAGUCAAAGAAAAAAAAGUUCUUCUUGGGAUUUAGCACAAGUCGGUUGGGUAGAAAAGCCUCCUCCUUCAUGGGUUGAAUGAUUUGGAUGUUGGGAACCGGGGUGCAUGUCCAGGCGGGAACGAACCACGGGCUUAGACACACGAUGACCAAGAGCCAGAUUGGAAAUGAAAUAGAAUUAUCUUUACCACCCAUA